UUGCUAGCCAUUAAAACGAGGCUGCGUUGAUGUGAUUGUUCAUUUUUCGAUGUAUAGAGAAAACAAAGAUGGCGACUUUUUACGCCAACCCAAAUGAAGAAAAUGAACUGUGGAUAGAGACGGCUGCCUUAGAAUCGCCUAGAUUUCGGAUUUGGCAUUACAUUUUUUUCUGUUUCUCUGCUUUUACUAUCUUAGUCGUUCUGUUUUGCUGUUGUGUAAAAAUUCGUGUCCCAAGGACUAAGCAAGAAAUUGAGGCGGACUAUUGCAGAAAAAAACUAGCGGAAAAAUUUCGAGAAAGGCUUAAGUUAAUUAAGAAUCAGGAUAUGGACAACAUGGAUCUGGAACGAGCUCUACAAAUCAUUCAGGAUGACUACAAAGAUGAAAAGAUGAGAAUCAACUCGACCGUUGGAACUGGUUCGCUACAUCAUCCAUCCGGAAAUAUUGCCGAACCACAGCAGCCAUUUCGAAAACUUUCUACGUUAGUAACAACUUCAAAGACUGGAAGGAAACAUUAAUAAACUAAUAACGUAAUAUAGAAAAGGUUGAUGACAGUAUAGAUAUCGAUAAAUAUUAAAUACCCGGAUCUUUUGUUGCUUAUUCAUUAUUAACCAUAUUUAAGAAAGAUGUCUAUUUAAAUAUGUGAAUGUGAAUGGUAAGGUAAUAAAUCAUAUUUAUUAUUAUGGCUGCAUUUAUCAUUUAUGAGGCGUCUAGAAGCCAAGAGGUAUAAGUGCUAUUUUGGUAAAGUUGGAGAUAAGUACAGAAAUAGAUAGUCAAUACCCAUUUUAAUGUCGUGGACAAAGGAUACAAGUGAAUUUAAAACCAGUAGUGACAUAUAUGGAUAUUUCACUUAUAUCCUGAAAAUAGUUUGUUUAUCAUUUGGCAACCAUUGGAUAUAAGUA